CAAUCCUUCUAAGAUUGCUUCAGAGUGACCAGCUUGACUGGGACUGAUCUCAGCUGAGACCAAACCCUGACCCCGCCUCACCUUUGCAUCCCCUUCUCCGCUGGCUCCCAUAUCUACACAGCUGCCAAAUGCCAUUGAUUCUGCUCUUCUUGCCAUCGAUGAAUGUAGCUAGAUACUUGCUCCUGCCAGGUACUGUGCAAGGCAGCAAGUUCAGGACACCCAGGCUUUAAUCCCGCUGGUGAUGAGAUGGGGACCGGACAGUCUGUGUGCUUCCCAACCAUCUCGGGACCCCACCAUGUUGGCUGCACAGAUGUGAUGGAGGGUCAGAGUCCUGAGGGGAGCUUCUUCCGACUCUUCUACCCCUGCCAAGCAUCAGAGAAGUACGAGCAGCCACUGUGGAUUCCCCGCUAUGAGUACUGCUUGGGCCUGGCUGACUACCUGCAGUAUAACAAGCGCUGGGUGGGGUCUCUGUUCAACCUGGGCAUCGGAUCUUGUCGCUUGCCUGUUAGCUGGAAUGGCCCCUUUAAGACAAAGGAAUCUGGAUACCCCUUGAUCAUCUUGUCCCAUGGCCUAGGAGGCUUCAGGGCGCUGUACUCAGCCUUCAGCAUGGAGCUGGCCUCCCGGGGCUUCGUGGUUGCUCUCCCGGAGCACAGGGACCAGUCAGCUUCGACCACCUACUUCUGCAAGCAGACUCCACAAGAGAGCCAGCCCACUGAAUCACUGGAGGAGGAAUGGAUCCCCUUCCGCCGAAUCAAGGAAGGGGAGAAGGAGUUCCACGUCAGGAAUCCCCAGGUUCACCAGCGGGUGAGAGAGUGCGUGCGGGUGCUGCAGAUCCUGCAGGACGCCUCUGGUGGGAAGACGAUCCUCAACGUCUUUCCUGGUGGACUGGACCUGAUGACCCUGAAGGAUGGCAUCGACAUGAGCCGGGUGGCCGUGAUGGGACACUCCUUUGGAGGAGCUACAGCUGUUCUUGCUCUGACCCAGGAGGUCCGGUUUCGGUGCGCUGUGGCCCUGGAUGCCUGGAUGUUCCCUCUGGAACAUGACUUUUACCCCAAGGCCCGGGGCCCUGUGUUCUUUAUCAAUGCUGAGAAAUUCCAGACAGUGGAGAGCGUCAACUUGAUGAGGAAGAUAUGCGCCCAGGACGACCAGUCCAGGAUUGUGACUGUCCUCGGAGCUGUUCAUCGGAGUCAAACUGACUUUGCUUUCGUGACCGGCAACAUGCUUGCUAAAUUCUUAUCCAGUCACACUCGUGGGACCUUGGACCCUUAUGAAGGUCAGGAGGUUAUGGUGCGGGCCAUCUUGGCCUUCCUGCAGAAGCACCUUGACCUGAAGGAGGACUACGAUCAAUGGAACAGCUUCGUGGAAGGCAUCGGACCAGCGCUCAUUCGAGGGACCCCACCACAUCUGUCCAGUUUGUAGGCACAACUGGCCAUUUGUAGGUCGCUCGAACCGAGUUUCUCCGUAGGAGCCGCCCAAGGAUACUUGUAAUCUAGUGGCAGGAUCCUUUCUCAGAGAUUGAGAGGAUGUAAUCAGACUCCUGAUUGGGCAGCUGGGCCCUUUGCUCUUGGAAUCGUUGAUCUUACAGCUCAGAGCAGCUUGCGAACAAAUCAGUGGCUCAUAGGAAGCUGACAUUUUCCUCCCUCCCUCCCUCCCUCCUUCCCUCCCUCCCUCUCUCCCUCCCUUCCUCCUUUCCUUCCUUCCUUUCUUUUUCUUUUUUGUCAAAGACUUGUAUCCCAGACUGGCUUUGAACUUACUGUAUGAGGAUGACCCUCUUUCCGAGUGACACACAUUACCACUAUGCCUGGUCUUUAUCCAGUGCUGAGGAUCAAACCUGACUUGAGUUAAUGACUGUGAAGUAUUAGGUGCUGAGGAUCUCUUUCCGAUGACAGUCAUCGCCUCUGUCCCAGGGCCUGUUAACUUCAAAUAAGAACAGUGCCUAGCUGCUUGCCAGAGCGCUCUCUCUCUCUCUCUCUCUCUCUCUCUCUCUCUCUCUCUCUCUCUCUCUUUCUCUCUCUCUCUCUCGGCUUGGGGCAUUUCUUCUGUUCCAGACAUACAGUUACCAUGUGGAAUCAGGAGCAAUAGAUGCCAUUAUUGCUAGCCCCCACUUCCACCACAGUCCCCACACCCAGUAAUUUUGGUGUCCAGUGCUCACCUCAAGGAAAACGCGUGGAUCUGUGGUUGCUGCUCUGCACUGACUUUACAGUGAUUGCUGUAAAUGUUAGGCCACUGUAUUAACUGAGCCACAUCCCCAGCCCUUGGUGAGUUAACUUCCUGAGGCAGAACGAAGAGAAUAAGCCAUGGGGUGGGACUGUUUGAGCCCCUGGCCCCAGACUAAACCCAGUGAAGCCUGGAUGUGAAGACUUGACUGGGUGAGUCCAUUCCCUCAUCGUGGGCUAGCGUUGCCUCUUGAAUGCAAGCCAUCAUGCCAAAGGCCAGAGGGGAAGCCUUAGGGCCUGCAGCCCUGCCUGGUGUUCUCCACCUGCCACCUGUUGUCCUGGUGUUCUCCACCUGCCACCUGUUGUCCUAGUGUUCUCCACCUGCCAACUGUUGUCCUGGUGUUCUCCUGCCAGGUGUUUUCCACCUGCCACCUGUUCUCUUGGUGUUCUGCCUGGUGUUCUCCACCUGCCACCUAUUGUCCUGGUGUUCUCCACCUGCCACCUGUUGUCCUGGGGUUCUCCACCUGCCACCUGUUGUCCUGGGAUUCUCCACCUGCCACCUGUUCUCUUGGUGUUCUCCACCUGACACCUGUUGUCCUGGUGUUUCCCACCUGCCUCUGGUGAGGUGCAACAUGAGGUCACUCUCUGGUUUCUCACUUUUCACUCUCCCCGUUGUAUAAGAAACAGUAAUGGGCCCUCCGUCCUGUUACUCUUAGGAGCCCAUGCGGGGCGAACAUUGUCCUCAGAACCCAGAGAAAGACACAGACACUAAGGAGUCCCUCAGAAGCUGAGCGCCUUUUGAGGCGCCUUUGAGGUUUUGUGGGUGAAUCUUGUAGGAAACACUCUGAGGAGGUGGAGACAGGCUGUGGACUAUUAAUGGAGCCAAGCUGUCAUUUCCACAGGCCACAGAGGGCACUGGGUUGGUCAUCUUAGCUGCGGGAAUGUUCCUAGGGAGAUCUGAGGUCAGCUUGGUCUUGCCUCUUACCCCCUGUGCCAAAUAUGGGUGCUUUAGUCAUCUGGGUUUUUUUUUAAUUGGUUUAUGUUUUUGAGGCCAUCACCCCAGAUUUAAGAAACAGACAGACUCUGCAUCCCGUCCGUUGAAUAUUGAUGCUCAUGCUUGCCUAACGACAUGCUGUAAUCCGCAGUCUGUUUAAUCUGCAUUGGAGCAAGCCGGGGAGCGCUCUGGAAGUGGCUUCUCUUUGUUUCCCUUUGUUUGCUAGUCGUGUUGAACCACAUGGAAAAUCUUUGGGAAGAAAGGUAGUAUUCCCAGAGUUCCAAGCGCUGCGGGAAGGCCCACCUUGAACUGCAUCUCCGCCAUACAAGACAUGUAUGUCACCCGAGUCUAAGGAGGGAACCCUAGGAGGGCAAGUUCAGAAGGGAAGUGGAUCUCUGCACAGUAGUCCAGGGUCAGGGCCACCAAAGCAAGUCAUUCAGGAGGCUCCUUCUCAGAGGCGUGGGAGCCACACAGCUGGGCUUCACCCUGGCUCCACCACUACAGGAAUCAGGGCAGAUUCUGUUGUCUUCCCAACCUCAGCCCCCGCAUGUGAGGGCCUGUGUUACUGUUGGGAUAACUGAGUGAGGGGUUGCAUGACCCAUGGGUUAUGAAAGAUGCAUUUCCCACUUCCCACACUUUCUGAUUGUCUGUGUAUCCCAGUAAGAAUGAUCCACAUGAUCUCCAUCUUUCAAGAUUUGUUGAAACGUGAUUGUUAGCCCCCUUGAUGUCAACUCUGUCACUGUUCACUGUGCAAUUAAAGGGCCUGUCUAUUCUGAA